CGCAACAGAAACCCAACGGGCAGCCGUCCUACGUCUGGACGUGCUGCAACUGCAAGCAAACCAACUACUGGCCGACCAACACGGUGUGCUGCCACUCGACGCCCGAUGGGCCGUGUGAGCACAAGUUCAAGCGCGGGGAAUGCGAACUCGAGAUCCGUCAACCCCGCGAGGGCCAAGCGCCGAAGAAAGCUUGAGCCAGAUAUCUUCAGCUAUGUGAUUCCUUCUUCCAUGGGGACUGGAAGGGGUGAAUCGAUUUUGCUCACACUUGGUUGAUUGAGUCGGAUUGUCGACAACAUGGCAACAUGGCUUCUCCUCGUCGGUUUCUAUAUGGACCUUGUUCUCUCACUUAUAGUUGGCAAUUUGGAGGUUGGCUCGCGACCUUUGAGUCGCCGGGUCCCUACCGGCGUGGACGAGGUUGAGUUGCGGUGUCGGGCUGGGAGGAAUGUUUGGCUGUUAGGUCUGGAUUCGAAGGCUCGGGGUUAGUUUGGUGGGUUCCUUCGCCUUGUUUUUUCUGUUCUUGCUUGCCUUAGUUCUUUGUGUUACUUGUUCCGCUACACGGAGAGUUUGGCGUCAUCGGCCGAUAUAUUUCACGGGCUCACUGCCACACACUAUACCUACCUUCCUGACACGUCACUGGUUGAACUGUCGGAGAGAGUCCCCCUGUUUGGAAUUGGUGGAUGCUUUGGGAUCUGGUCGUUGGCGAUUUGGCAGGCGGUUCAGGGGCUAGACAGAGGAUAGUGGAUUUAGGCUUGUGGUGUUUCUUUCCCCCUUGGUUGUAUUUUCAUUCUUUCUACUAGGCGCAAUAUAGCAGUUUGCUUUC